AACCAGACACCAUGGCACAGAAGGGCCAGCUCAGCGAGGACGAGAAGUUCCUCUUUGUGGACAAAAACUUCAUCAACAGUCCAGUGGCCCAGGCGGACUGGGCCGCCAAGAAGUUGGUCUGGAUCCCGUCGGAGAAGCAGGGCUUCGAGGCCGCCAGCAUCAAGGAGGAGAAAGGCGAUGAGGUGAUUGUGGAGCUGGCGGAGAACGGCAGGAAGGUCACGGUCGGCAAGGAUGACAUCCAGAAGAUGAACCCUCCCAAGUUCUCCAAGGUGGAGGACAUGGCGGAGCUGACGUGCCUCAACGAGGCCUCCGUGCUGCACAACUUACGGGAGAGAUACUUCUCAGGACUCAUCUAUACGUAUUCCGGCCUCUUCUGCGUGGUCAUCAACCCCUACAAGCACCUGCCCAUCUACUCAGAAAAGAUCGUCGACAUGUACAAGGGCAAGAAGAGGCACGAGAUGCCCCCGCACAUCUACGCCAUCGCGGACACGGCCUACCGGAGCAUGCUGCAAGAUCGGGAAGAUCAGUCCAUCCUGUGCACGGGCGAGUCUGGAGCCGGGAAAACAGAGAACACCAAGAAAGUCAUCCAGUACCUGGCGGUGGUGGCCUCCUCCCACAAGGGCAAAAAGGAUGUCAGUAUUACGCAAGGCCCAUCUUUGGCUUACGGCGAGCUGGAGAAGCAGCUUCUACAAGCAAACCCGAUUCUGGAAGCCUUCGGCAACGCCAAAACCGUCAAGAACGACAACUCCUCCCGAUUUGGCAAAUUCAUCCGCAUCAACUUCGACGUCACCGGUUACAUCGUGGGAGCCAACAUCGAGACCUACCUGCUGGAAAAGUCACGGGCCAUUCGCCAAGCCAGAGAUGAGCGGACAUUCCACAUCUUCUACUACCUGAUCGCAGGGGCCAAGGAUAAAAUGAAAAACGAUUUGCUUUUGGAAGGCUUCAGCAACUACACUUUCCUCUCCAAUGGCUACGUGCCCAUCCCGGCUGCCCAGGACGACGAGAUGUUCCAGGAAACCUUGGAGGCCAUGGGCAUCAUGGGCUUCAGUGAAGAAGAUCAGCUGUCCAUAUUGAAGGUGGUGUCGUCCGUCUUGCAGCUUGGAAACAUCGUCUUCAAGAAGGAAAGAAACACAGACCAGGCUUCCAUGCCAGAUAACACAGCUGCUCAGAAGGUUUGCCACCUCAUGGGAAUCAAUGUGACAGACUUCACCAGAGCCAUCCUGACCCCACGUAUCAAAGUGGGGCGAGACGUGGUACAGAAAGCUCAGACGAAAGAACAGGCUGACUUUGCCAUAGAGGCCCUGGCCAAGGCCAUUUACGAGCGUCUUUUCCGCUGGAUCCUCACCCGUGUGAAUAAAGCCCUGGACAAGACACACCGGCAAGGGGCCUCAUUCCUGGGCAUUCUGGACAUUGCUGGAUUUGAGAUCUUUGAGGUGAACUCCUUUGAGCAGCUGUGCAUCAACUACACCAACGAGAAGCUGCAGCAGCUCUUCAACCACACCAUGUUCAUCCUGGAGCAGGAAGAGUACCAGCGUGAGGGCAUCGAGUGGAACUUCAUCGACUUCGGCCUCGACCUGCAGCCCUGCAUUGAGCUCAUUGAGCGGCCGAACAAUCCUCCAGGUGUGCUGGCCCUGCUGGAUGAGGAGUGCUGGUUCCCCAAAGCCACAGACACGUCCUUCGUGGAGAAGCUCAUGUCAGAGCAGGGCAACCACCCCAAGUUCCAGAAACCCAAGCAGCUCAAGGACAAGACUGAGUUCUCCAUUAUCCACUACGCCGGCAAGGUGGACUACAAUGCAAGUGCCUGGCUAACGAAGAACAUGGACCCACUGAAUGACAAUGUGACCUCCCUCCUCAAUGCCUCCGCAGACAAGUUUGUGGCUGACCUGUGGAAGGACGUGGACCGCAUUGUGGGGCUGGACCAGAUGGCCAAGAUGACAGAGAGCUCGCUGCCCAGCGCCUCCAAGACAAAGAAGGGCAUGUUCCGCACGGUGGGGCAGCUCUACAAGGAGCAGCUGGGGAAGCUGAUGACCACGCUGCGCAACACCACGCCCAACUUCGUGCGCUGCAUCAUCCCCAACCACGAGAAGCGGUCAGGCAAGCUGGAUGCAUUUCUGGUGCUGGAGCAGCUGCGGUGCAACGGGGUGUUGGAAGGCAUCCGAAUCUGUCGUCAGGGCUUCCCCAACAGGAUCGUCUUCCAGGAGUUUCGCCAACGCUACGAGAUCCUGGCAGCAAGUGCCAUUCCCAAAGGCUUCAUGGAUGGGAAGCAGGCCUGCAUUCUCAUGAUCAAAGCCCUGGAACUCGACCCCAACUUGUAUCGGAUUGGGCAGAGCAAAAUUUUCUUCCGAACUGGGGUCCUGGCCCACCUGGAAGAGGAACGAGACUUGAAGAUCACCGAUGUCAUCAUGGCAUUCCAGGCGAUGUGCCGUGGCUACCUGGCCAGAAAGGCGUUUGCCAAGAGGCAGCAGCAGCUGACUGCCAUGAAGGUCAUCCAAAGGAACUGCGCCGCCUACCUCAAGCUGCGGAACUGGCAAUGGUGGAGACUCUUCACCAAAGUGAAGCCGUUGCUGCAGGUGACACGGCAGGAGGAGGAGAUGCAGGCCAAGGAGGACGAGCUGCAGAAGAUCAAGGAGCGGCAGCAGAAGGCAGAGGGCGAGCUCAAGGAGCUGGAGCAAAAGCACACCCAGCUGGCCGAGGAGAAGACCCUGCUUCAAGAGCAGCUGCAGGCCGAGACAGAGCUGUACGCAGAGGCUGAGGAGAUGCGGGUCCGACUGGCAGCCAAGAAGCAGGAGCUGGAGGAAAUCCUGCAUGAGAUGGAGGCCCGCCUGGAGGAGGAGGAGGACCGGGGACAGCAGCUGCAGGCUGAAAAGAAGAAAAUGGCCCAGCAGAUGUUGGUGAGGCAUUACGGGGGCUGCCUUCACUGCAGUCCUGUGGGGUGGACCACAGGGUGGAGGAGGACACCGGGGCUUGGAGAGGGAGGCCUUCUGCUCAAGGAGCGAAAACUCCUUGAAGAGAGAAUUAGCGACUUAACGACAAACCUGGCGGAAGAAGAAGAAAAAGCCAAGAAUCUCACCAAGCUGAAAAACAAGCACGAAUCUAUGAUCUCAGAACUGGAAGUGCGUCUGAAGAAGGAGGAGAAGAGCCGGCAGGAGCUGGAGAAGCUGAAGCGGAAGUUGGAAGGCGAGGCCAGUGACUUCCAUGAGCAGAUCGCCGACCUCCAGGCUCAGAUCGCAGAGCUCAAGGUGCAACUGGCCAAGAAGGAGGAGGAGCUGCAGGCGGCCCUGGCCAGGCUGGAAGAUGAGAUGGCGCAGAAGAACAAUGCCCUGAAGAAGAUCCGGGAGCUGGAGGGCCACAUCUCAGACCUCCAGGAGGACCUGGACUCUGAGCGGGCUGCCAGGAACAAGGCUGAGAAGCAGAAGCGCGACCUGGGGGAGGAGCUGGAGGCACUGAAGACGGAGCUGGAGGACACGCUGGACAGCACCGCCACCCAGCAGGAGCUCAGGGCCAAGAGGGAGCAGGAGGUGACUGUGCUGAAGAAGGCCCUGGAUGAGGAGACGCGGUCCCACGAGGCGCAGGUCCAGGAGAUGAGGCAGAAGCACACGCAGGCCGUGGAGGAGCUCACGGAGCAACUGGAGCAGUUCAAGAGGGCGAAAGCCAACCUGGACAAGAACAAGCAGACGCUGGAGAAGGAGAACGCGGACCUGACGGGGGAGCUGCGGGUCCUGAACCAGGCAAAGCAGGAGGUGGAGCACAAGAAGAAGAAGCUGGAGGUGCAGCUGCAGGAGUUGCAGUCCAAGUGCAGCGACGGGGAGCGGGCCCGCGCCGAGCUCAACGACAGGGUCCACAAGCUGCAGAAUGAAGUGGAGAGUGUCACCAGCAUGCUCAACGAGGCGGAGGGCAAGGCCAUCAAACUGGGCAAGGACGUAGCAUCCCUUAGCUCCCAGCUCCAAGAUACUCAGGAGCUGCUUCAGGAAGAGACGCGGCAGAAGCUGCAUGUGUCCACCAAGCUCCGCCAACUGGAGGACGAGAGGAACAGCCUGCAGGACCAGCUGGAUGAGGAGAUGGAAGCCAAGCAGAACCUCGAGCGCCACAUCUCGACUCUGAACAUACAGCUCUCUGAUUCCAAGAAGAAGCUGCAGGACUUUGCCAGCACCGUGGAAGCCAUGGAAGAGGGCAAGAAGAGGCUGCAGAAGGAAAUGGAAGGCCUCACCCAGCAGUUUGAAGAGAAGGCGGCCGCCUACGAUAAACUGGAAAAGACAAAAAACAGGCUGCAGCAGGAGCUGGAUGACCUGGUCGUUGAUUUGGACAACCAGCGGCAGCUCGUGUCCAACCUGGAGAAGAAGCAGAAGAGGUUUGAUCAGUUGUUAGCCGAGGAGAAGAACAUCUCUUCCAAAUAUGCGGAUGAACGGGACAGAGCGGAAGCGGAAGCCCGGGAGAAGGAGACGAAGGCCUUGUCCCUGGCCCGGGCUCUUGAAGAAGCCUUGGAAGCCAGAGAGGAGCUUGAGAGGACGAACAAGAUGCUCAAGGCCGAGAUGGAAGAUCUGGUCAGCUCCAAGGAUGAUGUGGGCAAGAAUGUCCACGAGCUGGAGAAGUCCAAGCGUGCCCUGGAGACCCAGAUGGAGGAGAUGAAGACGCAGCUGGAGGAGCUGGAAGAUGAGCUGCAGGCGACGGAAGACGCCAAGCUGCGGCUGGAAGUCAACAUGCAGGCCCUCAAGGGCCAGUUCGAGAGGGAGCUCCAGGCUCGGGAUGAACAGAAUGAAGAGAAGAGGAGGCAGCUGCAGAGGCAGGUAAUCCACGCCAAGGUGGGGAAGGAAGGGCGGCCUGCCCCAUCCCAUCCCAUCCCGUCCCACCCCAUUGCUACCACCACUCACAGGCCCGGCCCGGCCCCCCCUGUCCCUGUCACCACAGUGAGAUGCCCCGUGGGGCGGGUGGCUGGGGGGCAGGUGGGGUUGGCUGGUUGCAGUCAAGGGCAGAGCCCAGCAGCCCCUGACACCCUCUGCACUCAGCUGCACGAACCAGGCUCCCCUGUGCCUCGGAUGACAGAAAGUGUCCUUCUGGUCUCCCAGGACCUGGCCGCAGCAGAGCGGGCUCGAAAACAGGCAGACCUGGAGAAGGAGGAGCUGGCAGAGGAGCUGGCCAGCAGCGUGUCCGGAAGGAACACACUGCAGGAUGAGAAGCGUCGCCUGGAGGCCCGGAUCAACCAGCUGGAGGAGGAGCUGGAGGAGGAGCAGGGGAACAUGGAGGCCAUGAGCGACCGCUUCCGCAAAGCCACGCAGCAGGCCGAGCAGCUCAACAACGAGCUGGCCACGGAGCGCAGCGCGGCCCAGAAGAACGAGAGCGCGCGGCAGCAGCUCGAGCGGCAGAACAAGGAGCUGCGGAGCAAGCUCCAGGAGAUGGAGGGGGCGGUCAAGUCCAAGUUCAAGUCCACCAUCGCUGCGCUGGAGGCCAAGAUCGUGCAGCUGGAGGAGCAGGUGGAGCAGGAGGCCAGGAAACUCCGCAAUGACCUGCCAGAAUUGGUCCCAGCGUUUGGGGAGACUUGUUUACCAAGGGAACGUUUUCUUCCAACCCACAGGCGAGGCAACGAGACCUCCUUUGUUCCCUCGAGACGGUCCGGCGGGCGGAGAGUGAUUGAAAAUGCAGACGGUUCUGAUGAGGACAUGGAUUCUCGGGAUUCGGACUUCAAUGGAACCAGAGCCAGUGAAUAAAGCCACCUCCGCCGCCGCCGGAAAGCCAGCAGCCAGCUAGCAAAGCCCAGAGGGCAAUACUUAGCACUGUCGACAUCCCUUUUCAAAUUCCAACGCCCACAGACACCCACACAGACCACCCUGAACAUCAGACCACCCUGUAUUGGGGGUGGAAACUUAAGUUUUAUGAUGUACCAGAUGAGAGAGAAAAAGAUAAAAGCCAACAGGAAACACUCACAAACCCUCAUGACGAAAUGUGCAGACAUUGAGUUCAGCGAACAAUAUUCACAGUAACCAAUCACGGGCAACUUAGUUUACAGGCGGCAGGGAGCGAGCCCAGCCGCCAACAAAAUGGGAGCCUGCUCCCCUCCCCUCCCCUCCUCUUGUGUGUGUGUCCUUUGGACCCGUGAGUCGUCCUUAUUUGAGAAUCCCCACCCCCGUUCCUGGUAAGCACACCUGUGACUCACACAGUUCACCCAGACCAAGUGCCUUCCUCAGCCGGGCAAAAGCAGGAGAGCUGCACUGCUGUACACGCACCUGAUUGUGCUUAAGGGCACCUUCACUAAUAAAAGGUUACAUAUACAUCA